AUUAAGAAAAUAAAAAAAAAAAUUAUUUUGCCUUGUGUUCUGUUCUCUUUCUUUUCUUACGCACUCGCACCCUCUUCUCUUCUUUCUCUCUCCGAUUCCUUACGCCAAAUCCUUACUCUAUUCCAUUCGAAACCCUAACACUCAUUACUCGCCACCGAUCGACGCCACCUACCGUCUCCGCCGCCAUAUCCACGCUACCGUGCCGGAGGAUUCACCUACCUCCGACCGGCUCCUUUCUCGUUCCCGUCUUCUUCGGUGGAACUAUGAAAAUAUUGAUUUUGUGACGGUGAAGAUAAUUCUCCAGCAAUGUUUGAAGGACUGGUUCAUCAGUUGCUUCUGGGUUACUUGGGUCGAUAUUUUAAAGACAUCCAGAAACAGCAGCUGAAGAUUAGACUUGAGGAAGUACUGUUGGAGAAUGUGGAGCUGAUACUCGAAGCAUUUGAUUAUCUCGAGCUUCCAUUUGCACUAAAGCAUGGUCGAGUUGGGAGGUUAAGCAUCAAAAUUCCAUGGAAAAAGCCUUGGGAUCCCAUUAUAAUUAUUUUAGAGGAUGUAUUUAUUUCUGCAUCAAAGCGAGAUGAUCAAGAGUGGAAUGCUGAUGCUGUUGAAAAAAGAGAAUUUGCUGGCAAAAAGGCCAAGCUAGCAGCAGCGGAGUUGGGAAAAUUAUCCAGACGUGUGAGUGGUGGUCUUACUGGGCAAUCUUUUAUUUCUCAUGUCACUGCAAAGAUUCUUGACAGCAUUCAAAUAGACAUACGGAAUUUUCAUGUUUUGUACAGUGAUGUCCAAAAUGAUCUGGGGCAUAUUUCUUUUGGUUUGAAGUUUUCUAACUUGACCAUGAAGCAAAAUCUUGUUGGUUCAUCAAAUGGAAGGGCGAGUGUGGCCCAAGCAAAGAAAAUUGUGGAGGUGAAAGGACUGGAGAUUUAUUCAAGUAUGUUUCAUAGUUCAACAAUGGAGUUGGUAAUUAUGAACACUAUGGGUAACUCCUACCCAACAAGUACUUUAGGAUCCGAAGGAAAACAAUACGAUUCCAUAUUGGCACCAUUUGAUGUAACCUUAAUACUUUCGGUUAACAAAUCGCAAAAGCUCGAUGAAAAUGCUCCACAAUAUUCUGUUAUUGCUGAACUAAGUGGUUUGGUUAUAUCCUUAGACGAGGUUCAGUUACAACAAAUGUUUCUUGUGUGGGAUUAUGUUUGCACUUGCAGAUUAAGAGAAAGGUAUGGGCGUUUUCGCCCCUGGCAUUGUCCUUUACCACAAAAAUAUGAAGGUUGGCAAAUAACGUGGUGGCACUAUGCACAAGAAGCAGUACUAUCAGAUGUUCGUAAGAAACUAAAGAAAACUUCAUGGAAAUAUUUUGGAGAUCGAUUGAGCUACCGUCGGAAAUAUAUGAACUUGUACAAGAUUAAAUUGGAUUUUCUUCAACAAGAGCAGCCAGUUGAUGAUGACGUUCUUCAAGAUUUGGAGCGAAUGGAAAAGGAAUCGGAUCUAGAUGAUAUUUUGAAUUAUCGAUCUGCUGCAGAAUUUGAGAUGCAGGAGUAUCUUUCUAGGUAUUCUACUCCUAACAAUGGAAGGAGUCACACUGAUAUAUCUGCAGAAAAGUCAGGAAAUGAUGAGAACAAUGUCAAAUCAAGAGGAUGGUUGAAUUGGCUAUCUCGUGGCAUGCUUGGUGCUGGUGGUACCGAUGAUUCCAGUCAAUUUUCUGGGGUUGUGUCAUAUGAUGUUAAGGAUAUUUCGGAAGGAACUGAAUUUCAUCCUCUGGUUUCAUCCAGUGUUGACGUUGUUGCGAAGCAUAAGUUGUGCAUAUUUGCAUCAAAGAUUGAGAUUCAUCAUAUUUCCGCAUCUCUAUUUAACAAGAAGCAUUGUAAAGCAAUUGCAGAAAUAAUUUUUGAAGGUGGAGCUGUUGAGUCUAAGUUCUACAAAGGACAUGGAAUUAUUAUCUCCAAAUUCAAGACUGGAAAAAUUGUUGAGCCAAACAGCAGGGAAGUUUUUUUACAAAUUAGACGGCCCAAUGUUGAUAAUAAUGUACUGGAUAUUGUGGAUCAUUCGUGCCACCUUCAAGUAAAUUUUUCCUCUAACCGAGAUAUGGGCACGUCUGUUAAGGGAAUGCUUCAACAACUUCAAGUGACAUUUGAUGCGGACAUUUUAUUGAAUCUGCUGGAGUUUUAUGGUUUUGUUACAUCUGUCAAAUCUUAUAACAAGAGGGUGCUGUUGUCAUUGAACGGAAUUGAAAAUGACACGACUCGACUCUUAUCCAAAGCAGAAUAUGUUGGUGUGAAUCAUGAUAGAGUAAUGUGGGAUGUUUCUGUUUUUGACAUUUCUGUUAUUUUUCCUUGGAGAAAUACAGCAUCAGAGUGGAGCAAACUGGUAAUUAAGUCAAGGUCAUUGUGCUUUAAGUCUAAAACUGGUCCCGAGUCUUUCCUUUCAGAAAUUGGAGAUCAGCCUUACUUCCUAAAAAACUUUUCAAAUACAAUAUCCACAUCUAAGGAUUGUUUAGGCGUCCGGCUUCAAGAUCUAUAUAAUUACUUUGAUGUUCAACUCAAUGACUUUAAGAUCACCAUUGUUAAUUCCGGUCAGUCACAAAAGAUUUCUAUUCUCGAGAAAUUUUGUGCUUCAUUUUUCAUGGCUUUCUGUCUCAUCCCUGAUGAAUCCAUUUUGAAGCAGUUAGAGGUUUAUGUGCACAUGGAAUCACUGAAAGUAAACUUCUCCCCUUCAAUAUAUGGCGCAUUCAUUGAAUUGAGCACUCAUCUGGACUCACUUCUUUUAAGGGAUGAAUCUGAAACCUUGAACUGUGUUUAUCCUCCUAAUAUUGUUCCAGAUGCGUCGUCAUAUUCUACUUUUGGUAUAUCUGUUAUUUCAAGACUAGGCUCAGUUGAUCUAGAAGUUGACCUUGAAAAUGGAGGAGAUAAUAGCUCAGUGCUCAUGGUUUCUUUGCAAGAAAUUGAUGUACGGUUUGUGUCUGCUGAAUUUCAGGAGUUUUUUAUCAGCAUGAAAUCUUUGUUGAUCCGUGCUUAUGAAGUUAAGGAAGAAAAAGACAGCUGUUUUGUGCUUUUAUCCGGGAAUUUAUCAUCUAGUGCUACAGACCCAGAACAUUCUGUUUCUGGACCAAGUAUUGAAUUUGAUCAAUGUUCUGAUGCAGCUGUGUUGGCUGAUGCAUGUUUUGCAAUGCACUAUGAAUCUCCCAGAACUGAUUUAGUUUGUCACAAGUGUUUUAUCUAUCUUGGUAAUGCUGAUAUCCACUGCUACCCACAUAUUGUUGGACUCCUUGUUGGCUUCUCUCGUAGGUUGUCUGCAUAUAGUACCAGUUCUGAGAAAUCCUCCGCAAGUAAUACUAUUGAUAUCCCAAAAAAUUCCUCAAGCUUUGGGUUUCAAGAGUUUGGAUUCUCAAAUUAUUUUGAAGUUGGUUCCGCUGAUUCUGCAUGCAUUCCAUUUGACCGCUUUCCAUUUGUUACAAUUUACAAUUCUGGUUCUCUUGGUAAUCUUGAGAGUUCACUAAUAUACCCCAUUCCCGAGUGGAGAAAAUAUGUUACCCUGAGGGAUAGAAAAAUAAUUAGUCCGAAAUAUUUUCGCGUUUCUUCCUCAAAAUGCAAGUCAAAUUUCAGAAAUUUUCUUGAAUCUGGGAUUUCAAGAAUCUCCAAUAAUUUUUCAAUUGAGUUGCAGCUUUAUGGAAUAAGAGCAGAUUUUCAUGACUCAUCAUGCAUAAUUGGAUCAAUCAUGGUGCCUACAUCCAAAUCUUCUGUAUUAUUUUGUGAUGACAGUAUGGACAUAUUAUCUUCUUCUGAGGGAUUGGUUCUUACAUCAUCUUGGGGGCCUAACAAAUUUCAGGAUUAUCUAUGGGGUCCUUCCACUGCAAAUUUAUCCCCUAUUUUAAAUGUAAGGGUCAGGAAGGCACGGAACAUAUCUUCAACUGUCAAUUUGGAAGUAUGCUUUGGCAUUCAGCAUGUGUACUGCAUGUUGCCCUCUGAAUAUCUCUCCAUCAUCAUUGGUUACUUUUCACUGUCUGAUUGGGGUGGUGGUGAUCAGUUUUUGUUGCAUGAGCAAGGUGAUAUAGUUCUAAAAAGUGAAGUUUACGUUACAUACAAGUUUGAAAUCUUGGAUUGCGAUAUUUUUUUACCAGUGGAAAGUAAUGAACAUCAAUUUCUGAAGGUUGAAUUGCCACAACUUUAUGGUUGUUACAUUGAGAAUUCUAAUUUUGAUGAUGUACUGAAGAACAUCCCAACGGAAUGUUUGGUUUCUAUUCAUAAGCUCGCCCAAAGAAAUAAUUGUCUAAAUAUAUUUGGCCGAGAUUUGAACAUAUCAUUCCUUUUCUACGCGAAUAAUUUACUUGGCUUAGCAAGAAAUGAGGGGAAUACAGAAUUCGUAACAAGUUCUUUAAUUGCACCAUUAAAUGCUGAUGUUUGGGUGAGGAUUCCUCGUGGAAGUGAAUCUAAUUGCAAAAGCUCUUCGUCUAUAUGUGUAAUGACAGGCAUCAGCAGUUGUCAUAUUAUUGCUGAAGAUAGCUACUUUUUUGAUGGAUGUAUGGCUAUAUGGGAUGUUAUUGAGGGAUUUUCUUCAAUUGGCGAUCAAUCAAACUGUUUCAAAACUGAUGUUCUGCAAUUUCUUCAUUCCAAGAAAAGCUUAAAGGCAACUGCAGCAACUUCUUCAACUGUGAUGCCGUCAACCAUUAUACUCACGGAAGUUGUAUGUUGCACUCAAUCAUUGAUGAUAAGCUUCUGUCAUAGACACGAAGGUUUUGUGGAAGCCAUAAGCAAGGUUGAUUUGCAGUUUAUUUGUUCUGCAUCCUUAGUUGAUGAUUCUUUGGUUUGGUUGGAUUUGAGGUUCUCUAGAUUGGUGAUUUGCUCUUCACAUGAUUCUGUCUUGGCAACAUGUACCUCAACUUCCUCUUCCACGUUUGUACUUUCCAUCUGUUUUUCUAAGUCUAUUGACAAUAUGGAUGAGCUCAGUCUUUGUCUUCCGUCUCUUGAUAUAUGGCUUCAUUUGUCUGAGUGGACUGAGAUUGUUAGUUUUCUCAACCAUCUGUGUUUACCUUUGGAAAAAACUCCUGUGGAUGCAGCAACUGAGCAUUUGUCUGUAGAUACUAGUAUUUAUAUAAAAGAAGCAGGAGUAAAAGAUGAUUCUGGUUUCCUUGAUUCUGAAAGUACCUCAAUGCCUUUUACUACCCAGGAGACUGAGAAUGCUGUCUUAUUGGUUAUUAGGUCAGAAAAAAUUUGUAUCACAUUUAACAUCCCCAUCUGGACCAGCGAAGAACCGUAUAUGGAACUUCAGCAUGCUAAAAGUCGAAGCCCGACAACUCUAAGUGUGUCCUCUGAUAUUGUUGAAGAAAAGGACGCAGAGUUUCUUACUGUUUCUGUCCAAGUGAAUGGUUUUGAAUUGGUUAUAGGAAGCAGGGAUAUCCAAUUGAAGUCAAAUAUGGAAAGAUUGAGCAGUGUAAUAAUAUUUGUUGUGAAUGGAAGUCAUACUUCUUUGCCACUUCUUGAUAUAAUCCAGGUUCAGGUGGACGCUGUCGUCAGUAAAAGUGACACAGGCAACACAACAUUCAAAGUGGAGCUUGUAUGUGAUCAUUCAGAUGUAUGGCUUUCACAUCCUGUAUUCUAUUUAUGGGGUGCUUUGAAAUUCGAUGUUCCUAAGUCGGAAUCUUCUCAAUAUUCAACUGGAAGCAUUUCUUUCAAAUUCCAAAUAAGGAAGGUUUCUGUUCUGCUAACAGAUGGAAAGUGGGGCUAUAAUGGGCCACAACUGGAAAUUCUUGUGAGAAGCAUCCUCUUCCAUGCAUCUGCAAGUGGAAAGCACCUGGAUUGUUCUUUCACGGGUGAUCUUCAAGUAAACUACAAAAACAUUGCAAAGGUGUCAUGGGAGCCUUUCAUUGAGCCUUGGCAGUUUCUAUUCACUUUGGUCAGGGAUCAAGAAAUCAGUAUUCUUCCGAGCAGGUCCCUUACAACUGAUAUCAGUCUUGAAUCAACAACUCAGCUGAACAUUAAUAUUACAGAGUCCUUAGUAGAGUGUGUUUCACGCACUGCUGAGAUGCUGGAUGAUGCCUUCGGUCUGAUGGGAUUGAAAGAUCACAAAGAAAACAAACUUUUACAUCCACCGUUUGCUGAAUACAUUUGUGCAAGAAAAUGUGCUGCUCCUUAUGUUAUACAAAACUUAACUUCUGUACCACUACUAUAUCAUGUAUAUCUUGGGCAUAUCAAUCCUAAUGAUAUCCAUGACUCAAAUAUGAAUCCCGCAAAAUAUGUACAACCAGGUUCUGCAAGCACAAUAUACAUGGAUGAAAAUGCUGAACAACAGCUCUCCCGUUACAGACCUUAUCAUUCUUCUGAUAGUCUAAAUGAGCAAAGGUCAAGCGGCGUAGCUCACCGUUAUAUUACGGUACAGCUUGAUGGAACAUCUAUGCCGUCUGAUCCAAUUUCAAUGGAUUUAGUAGGAUUGACAUGCUUUGAUGCUAAUUUCUCCAAGUCACAUAAUGUAAAUGGUGAUGAUGGUAGAAUGAAUACUGCCCCGACUUUUGUUGUUCCCGUUGUUUUAGAUGUUUCUGCGUUACGCUAUAGCAAGUUGAUACGAAUAUACUCCACUGUUGUUCUUCUAAAUGCGACUUCUACACCGCUUGAGCUGCGGUUUGAUAUUCCAUUUGGUGUGUCACCAACGAUAUUUGAUCCGAUACACCCUGGGCAACAGUUUCCACUUCCACUACAUUUGGCUGAAGCUGGUUGUGUAAGGUGGCGGCCAAUGGGGAACUCCUAUUUGUGGAGUGAAGCUCAUAAACUCUCAAAUCUUCUCCCAAUAAAUAGCAAAGUAGGAAAUUUUAAAUCUUUCAUCUGCUAUCCAUCUCAUCCAAAUAGUCAUCCAUUUCGGUGCUGUCUAUCAGUCAAGAGUAUCAGCUUGACUUCAUCUGGCUGGCUGAAAAAUAAUCUCUCUGUUGAUGAUGCAAAGGAGCACUAUAUCCAUCACUUGAUCCUUAGUGCUCCAUUAGUAAUUAACAACUUUCUUCCUAAGGAAAUUUUGUUGAAUAGUGAGAGUGGUGGGGUAGAUCAUACUGUGAGAAUUUCAGAGGUUGAAACUUCUAUUUAUCAUAUUGACCCCUCUCAUGAUCUAGCACUAGAGAUAUGCAUUGAUGGAUUUAAAUGUUGUGAUUUUAAAUUUCCUCGUUUAGAAACUUUCUGCUCAGUGGCCAAGUUCAGUGAGACCAAGUUUUCAUUGUCUGAAACGCUGAUAUUCGAACCAAAUAAUUCUAAUUGUCAUAUUUAUGUUAUGGUGGAAAAGGUGAUGAAUGCAUAUUCAGGUAGCAGGGAACUUGUUAUUUUUGUUCCCUUUAUUUUGUAUAACUGCAUGGGAUUUCCGUUGUGUGUGAAGGAAGCCUCUAGUGAAACCGAUGAAAGGGGAUGUUUUAUUCCUUCAUAUUAUGAUGUUGGUGUAAAUGAAACACUUCCUUAUAAAAUGGAUGGACUUUCUUUACUUGCCUCCAGCCAUGAUUUGCAUACUGAUGUGUCAUGUGACCCAAGGAGUUACCUGAAUAGUCAUACCAUUUCAUGUAGAAAAGAUGGUAAUCCAAACUCUGUUAGUUUUCUAAGUAACUCUGUAUUCUUUGGUAAUUACCGUGGCAAUUUGGGAAGGCAAGAAAGAAAAAGUAAUUCUAUGUUUCGAAGUAGUUCUGUAGGAAGAUUAAAGAGUACACUAAGCUCGAGGGUCCAGUCAACUUGGAAUUAUUCAGGUUCUUGUAAUAAUGAGCAUGAAAAGGUUGUGCCAUGCAUGUAUUCUCCAAGCUCUAAUUCCUCUGUAAAUGAUGUUUUUGUUAAAGUGAGUGGGUGUUUUCCAAAAGAUGUGCAGGAGCAGAUGCCAUAUUCUUUAUGGUCAAACUCAUUUUCUCUGCUACCACCAAGUGGUUCAAGUACUAUAUUUGUUCCUCAUCUGACUUCAAAUUCUGCAUUUAUUCUUUCUGUGACGUCAAUAUCAGUUGCUGAACCAUAUAUUGGGAGGACAAAUGCAAUUACUUUCCAGCCUAGAUAUGUCAUUAGCAAUGCCUGCAGCAAGGAAAUACUUUAUAAGCAGAAGGGCACCGAGGUCAUGUUUUCUCUAGGAAUAGGAGAACAUGCUCAUCUUCACUGGACAGAUACGAGUAGGGAGCUACUUGUUUCAAUUUGUUAUAAUGAAACUGGAUGGCAGUGGUCUGGCAGCUUUUUACCAGAUCAUCUGGGUGAUACACAACUGAAAAUGAGAAACUAUGUUCUUGGCACUUCAUGCAUGAUACGAGUCGAAGUGCAAAAUGCUGACAUAUCAAUGGGAGAUGAAAAGAUAGUUGGAAAUAUCAAGGGAAACUCAGGGACCAACUUGAUUCUCUUGUCUGAUGAUGAUACAGGAUAUAUGCCAUACAGAAUUAAUAAUUUCUCGAAAGAGAUAUUGCGAAUAUAUCAGCAGAGGUGUGAAAUUUUUGACACACACAUUCACUGCUAUGCUUCUAACCCUUACACCUGGGACGAGCCCUGCUAUCCUCAUCGUCUUGUGGUGGAGGUACCUGGAGAGCGAGUUUUGGGGUUGUACGCCCUUGAUGAUGUUAAAGAAUAUAUGCCUGUCUACUUGCCUUCAACCUCUGAGAAACCAGAGAGGACUUUCUUCGUGUCAGUUCAUGCAGAGGGAGCAACAAAGGUCCUCAGUGUUCUUGAUUCAAAUUACCACACUUUUAAUGAAGUGAAAAAAUCAAGUGUUCCACAUGCUUCUGAGAAAAGGUUGUAUGAUCAUAGUCAAGUUAGACCUGCAGAUUAUAAAGAGAAGAUAUCAAUUUCUAUUCCAUAUAUCGGGAUUUCGUUGAUUAAUUCAUAUCCCCAGGAGUUGCUCUUUGCCUGUAUAAAAGAUAUACAAAUCAACCUGCUGCAAAGUUUGGAUCGCCAAAAGCUUUCCAUGCAAAUAUCAUUCAUACAAAUUGAUAACCAGAUGCGCUCUACUCCAUAUCCAGUUAUGUUGUCCUUUGAUAGUGGGAAAUUUAGGGAUGAUGUCACACGAUCAAGAAUCGAAAAAUCAAAUCAAAUGAAUUUCUGCAGCAGCUCUUCUAAUCCCGUUUUCUGCCUAGAAAUAUCUAAGUGGAAGAAGAAAGACAUAUCCUUUCUUUCAUUUGAAUACAUAAAAUUGAGAAUGGCAGAUUUCCGUCUUGAGAUUGAACAAGAAGUCAUAUUAAGUUUAUUUGAGUUCUUUACAAAUAUCUCUUCGGGCAUACAGUAUGGAAUCAGACCAUCUUCAAAUCAAUAUUAUGGGGCAUUACUAAAGAAUUCAUCCUCAUUUGUUCAAACUAGUGAAAAUUUCCGAUUGAAUGCUGACCAAAGUCCUCUAGGAUUUGCUCCUGUAGUUAAUGAAAAAUCUAAGAAAACUGCACCAUUGCCUUCUAUCAUUCCAAUUGGAGCCCCAUGGCAGGAAAUUUAUCUGUUAGCCAGAACCCAGAAGAAAAUUUAUAUUGAAUUAUUUGAAUUGGCACCAAUCAAGUUGACUUUAAGUUUUUCCAGUGCGCCUUGGAUGCUUCGCAAUAGAAUACUCACAUCAAAGGAAUUUCUUAUCCAUAGAGGUCUUAUGGCUCUUGCUGAUGUUGAGGGAGCACAUAUUUAUCUGAAGGAUUUAACCAUUGCACAUCACAUGGCUAGCUGGGAGUCCAUUCAAGAGAUUCUAAUUAGGCAUUAUAACCGCCAACUACUUCAUGAGACUUACAAGUUAUUUGGUUCGGCUGGUGUCAUUGGUAAUCCCUUGGGUUUUGCAAGGAGCAUGGGGCACGGCCUUAGAGAAUUCUUGUCUGUACCAGCAAACAACAUUAUGCAGAGCCCUACUGGACUUAUUAAGGGCAUGGCUGAAGGAACCACUAGUCUUUUAAGUAACACACUCUAUGCUGUCAGUGAUGCAGCUUCUCAAUUCAGUAAAGUUGCACGCAAGGGUAUUGUUGCAUUUACAUAUGAUGACCAAAUAGCUUCAAGGAUGGAAAAACAACAGGCAUCUGUAGCUUCUGAUAGUAAAGGUGUAAUUAAUGAAGUCUUGGAGGGACUCACUGGUCUUCUGCAAUCUCCUAUAAGAGGAGCUGAGAAGCAUGGUCUUCCGGGUGUCCUGUCAGGAGUUGCUUUAGGGAUUACAGGACUUGUGGCAAAACCGGCAGCUAGUAUACUAGAGGUUACUGGCAAAACUGCUCAAAGUAUUAGAAACAGAAGCAAACCAAAUCAAUUAAGAUCACACCGCUUUAGGGUACGGCUUCCAAGGCCACUUAGCCAUGAAUUUCCCUUGAAACGUUAUUCAUGGGAUGAAGCAGUUGGAGCAUCAGUCCUUAUGGAGGCUGAUGAUGGCUUAAAAUUCAAAGAUGAGAAGUUAGUGGCUUGCAAAGCCCUUAAAGAAGCCGGUAAAUUUGUCGUCUUAACAGAGAGAUAUAUAAUGAGUGUUUUCAGUUCAAGUUUGAUAAAUUUGGGCAAGCCUGAAUUCUGCGGCAUCCCCGCUGAUCUGGAGUGGAUUAUUGAAUGGGAGAUUGGAUUGGAGAGUAUAAUACAUGCUGAUUGUGCUCAAGGUGUUAUUCACAUUGUUGGUAGUAGACCAGACUCGCCGUUUAUGUAUAAUAAUCAGCAUUCUCUCAAAAGAGGCAGUAGCAGCAGAACCAAACCUGUGCGUUGGAACCAUUAUCCAACUCAUCUUCCACUUCCUCAAACAGACAUAGAAUUAUCAUGUGAGGAAGAUGCAGCCAACUUAUUACAGAUUUUGCUGUCUGGUAUUGAAAAAGGGAAAGGUAGAGCUUGGGACUGUGGACGAAUCUUGCAUCGAGCUAAUAUGAAGUAGGUAGGCUGCAGUUUAGUUGCCUCUCCCUUCUGAAAAACUUCCAUAGUUUCUACAGUAGAGUGUAAAUUAGAGUGGCCAUAAAUUGGGAUUACGAAGCCUUUAAACUUACAUGCAACACUUUGAAGUCAGCAACCUAUGCAGUUUAUUGGAUAGUUAUGUUUUUUCCCCCUCGUAUUCUUUGUCCAUACAGAAGGGAACACGAGGGAAAUUUAGUUAGUAAUUCAACAUUUUUUAGGAUAGAUGUUAGUGUGUUCUUUUCCUUGUAUUUAUGCCUGUAUCUUGUACAUCAUGUAUAGUCAACAUUUUGGGAAUGUAAAUAUCACGAAAGUUAGUCAAAAAAAAUAUCACGAAAGUAAAUUGCUUUCUUAUUUUA